AUGGCUACUCGUCGUAUCAUUUCCACAGAGAAGACCCUCCUCGACAAAGAUGAAGAUAAUACCUCCGGACAAGAACAGUCGAGCAGCAUCGCGCCAGCCGUCCCGAUGGGUGUAAUUAUUAAGUUGCUAGCCUUCACCUUCGCCAUGGUGAUCAUACCAAUUGGAUCUUAUUUCUUAACGGUGAACACCAUCUUCAAAGGAAAUUCGACGUACGCAGGAGCCCUUGCGGCUAUCAUGGCAAAUGUUGUUCUUGUAGGCUAUGUGAUUGUAGCCAUGAAUGAAGACCAGUCAGAACAGCUAGCAGCCAAGAAGAAGGAGGGAAAGAAGGACUAG